AUGUCUGACGAGUGGGACUCGGUCACCAAGAUCGGCAGUAAGUCUCGCGGAGGCGCAUCGCAGCGAGAGACUGUCGUGCGAGGCAGCUCCGCGCUGAAUGCCGCCAAGCGCGCUGGUGGUGCCAUCGCGACCGAGAAGAAGUUCUCUACCGGCAAUGCUGUAGGCAAAGGACCCGAAGGCCAACGCCUGACGAAGGUCGACCGCAGCGACGACAUCAUCAAGCCGAACACGGUGGGCAAGGAGGUGGGCGACGUCAUCAGCCAGACGCGGCAGAAGAUAGAGCCCAAGAUGACCCAGAAGGACCUAGCCACCAAGUGCAACACGACGCCCUCCGUCAUCGCCGACUUCGAGCGUGGCACCGCCAUUCCCGACCAGAAGAUCCUAUCCUCUAUGGAGCGCGUCCUCAACGUCAAGCUCCGCGGCACCGGCAUCGGCGAGCCCAAGUUCAAGCCCAAGGGAGGGAAAUAA